CUGCUUCUCUGGAUACCGCUCUUUGUUGAUACUGCAUAUAGCGCUAUCUUGCUCUUUCAAACACCACACGAGGAACAGGAAGUGGCAAGAUGGCGCGCAGGCUAGCUCGCGCGUCGGGUUUGUUUGGGUCGCUGCGGGCUCUAGCAACGGAUAGAGUUGUGGCUGGAGUAUCAGAUGAGCUUGCGUCAGUGGCACUAACGACAAGCAGCGGCUGCCGGGCGUUCGGCUCAUCAGCAUCUGGCAAAGAGGGCGAGAACAUCGAUUUCGGCUUCAAGCAGGUGCCGCGCGACGCCAAGCAGGGCCUGGUGGGUCAGGUGUUCAGCAGCGUGGCCAACUCGUACGACGUCAUGAACGACCUCAUGAGCGGGGGGCUGCACCGGCUUUGGAAGGACAGGUUGGUGGAGUCGCUGCGCCCCUUCCCCGGCCAGGAGCACCUGGACGUGGCGGGCGGCACUGGCGACGUGGGCUUCAGGGUGCUGAGGGCCAUUCGCGCGGCGGAGGCGGAGGAGCGCUUUAGCGCAGCCACCUCCUCGGGCCGGAGCAGCAGCAGCAGCAGCAGCAGCAGCAGCAGCAGCACCAGGAGCGGCAGCGGCGGCGGCGGAGCGGGGAGGAAGCCGGCUGCGGGCGCGAGCGCGGGUGCUGGGCAGGCGGCAGGGCUGGCGGUGGGGGAGGCGGGGCCAGGGCCCGGCAGUGCAGCGGCGGCAGCAGCAGGAGGGGCGGGAGCGGGAGCGGGAGCGUCGGCGGCGGGCGCGCGGGGAGCCGGUGGCGCGGAUGCUGGCGGGCCGGUGGCGCCGGGGCGUGUGGUGGUGUGUGACAUCAACCCCGACAUGCUGCGGGUGGGGCAGCAGAAGGCGCGGAGCAGCACCGACCUGGCGGGUGACACCGGCCUGGCCUUCGUGGAGGGCAAUGCCGAGGCGCUGCCCUUCGCCUCCGGCUCCUUCGACUCGUACACCGUGGCGUUCGGAAUCCGCAACGUGACCGACCGGCCCGCGGCGCUGCGGGAGGCGCUGAGGGUGCUCAAACCGGGCGGCAGGCUGUUGGUGCUGGAGUUCAGCCACGUGACUCAGCCCGGGCUCCGGGAGCUGUACGACGCCUACAGCUUCGCGGUCAUCCCGCGCAUCGGCGGCCUGGUGGCGGGCGACGCCGCCAGCUACCAGUACCUGGUGGAGAGCAUCCGCAAGUUCCCCGACCAGGAGACGUUUGCGCGCAUGAUCGAGGACGCGGGCUUCCGGGCAGUCACGUACGAGAACAUGAGCGGCGGCAUUGUGUCGCUGCACUCUGGGUUCAAGCUGUGAACGCACUAUGUUUUUCUGACACUUACACAAAAGUCGGCACGUGUGAUGUGGAAAGGACGGAAAGGGGUUGACUAGGCGGGGCCGCGGGUGUGUGGCGUGCAUAAGUUUUGGAGGAAAGGCUGUGGAUGGGCGGAAGUAAGAGGGAGCACGACCAUGGCUGUGUUACGGUAGACGGGGCUCUCCCUGCCCACAAAUGCCAGUUAGCUGGAGUGCUCAUAUCUCUGAGAUGUGUUAUUAUCGAUGCAGAAUGCUGUCGAAUAGUUGAGACAGGAGGCUGUAAUCAUGCAUCGUC